AUGUCUACACCAAACGGCACGAUGACAGACUCAGACUCAAAGCAACAGGACAUGUUCCCAAAUCACUCGCCAAUUGACAGCACAAUGAGAGAUGCAGAUGCAGACGCAGGCGCGGAUAUGGACACGGGAUUUCACCCACAAACAGUCCUCUUUCAUAACACCUUUACACAAGACAUCACACGUCCUUCCAAUCGUGCCCAAGAAGAUGUAUCUGAAUCUCAGUCUCGGUCUCGACUUUCCACAACAGCCAGCAUCACCACCACUGCCAUCCUCAAAAGUCGUCGUCGCUCUCGUCCUCCGACCCUCGUCACUCUCCCGGCGGAACUUGUCCUCACGAUAGCCUCCCACCUCGACUACCCGGACGUCCUCUCCCUCCGACAAAGCCACGUCGGCAUCUCCGGCGUCCUCUCCCGCCACUCGACCACCCACCACCGGAUCUCGUGGGUGCUCUCCCGAGCCUACCUGGGCCUCCCGAUCCCCAACAACACCAGACUCAGCUUCAAGACCGACGCCCUCUUCCUGUCCAACCGGGAGGUCCAGCGUAUCCUGGCCGCCCGCCUGAACCACGGCGAGUGUCUCUCCCAGAGUCCCGACCUCCUCCCGGCUCGUCAAUUGGCCCGCACGCGCCUCGGCCAACGCAAGGGCAACAACCUGUGUUUCGUCGGGGGCACCGGACCCUGCCCGGCCGUCCUCGCCAGGCGGCGUCUCGAGAAGAAAAGAAAGAGGUACCCGAUGACGACGACGACCCAACAAAAAUCUUUUGUGCCCAAAACCCUCCUCGUCUUUGGACAUCUCGUGGCCCUGGCGGUCGAGGGCGGCCGCCAGAUAAGAGAACAAGCAUUGGACUGGAGGCGUUGGGUGGACAUCCUGGGGUGCCCCUUGUUGCUGUUGGCUUGCCGGUACUUGACCAACGUCAAUGCCAACGACGAUGACAAUGCCAGGGCGGUGAAAGCUCUGGUGGUUUUCAACGGGGGAAGCAACCUCCCGCUGUUGUUCAAAAGGUGGUGGAAGGUGGCCGUCCUGUCGUGUCUGGUGUUGUCGUGGAUGGUCUACAGGGUCCAAUCGUUGUUUUUCUCUUAG